AUGCUCCUGCUCCUUGUCCUGCUGAACUUUGCACUGUCCCCCAGGGCAGAGGCAGGGGAGAUCAUCGGGGGACACGAGGCCAAGCCCCACUCCAGACCCUACAUGGCCUAUCUGGUGUACUUUGAUGAGAAAUCUUAUAAUCCAAACCGGUGUGGAGGCUUCCUGAUCCGAAAGAACGUGGUGCUGACGGCCGCUCACUGUUAUGGCAGCAUGAUCAAUGUGACCCUGGGCGCCCACAACAUCAAAGAGAAGGAGGAGAGUCAGCAGGUGAUCCCCGUGAGAAAAGCCAUCCCUCACCCCAACUACAAUACUAAGAACUACUCUAACGACAUCAUGUUGCUGAAGCUGAAGAGAAACGCCAAGAUGACUAAGGAUGUGAAGCCCCUCACACUGCCUGGGCCCAGGAACAAGCUGCAGCCAGGCCAGGUGUGCAUUGCCCCUGGCUGGGGGAAGAUGGCCACCUGGGGAAGGUUUCCUGAGAAGCUGCAGGAGGUGGAGCUGAAGGUGCAGGCAGAUGAGGAGUGUGAAACCAAGUUUAAAAAUCAUUACAGCGCCGACACUCAGCUGUGCGUGGGGGAUCCCAAGAUAAAAAAGGCCACAUUUAAGGGAGACUCUGGGGGUCCCCUCGUGUGCAAGCAUGUGGCCCAGGGCAUCGUCUCCUAUGGAAAGAGUGAUGGGUCUUCACCCCGGGCCUACACCAAAAUCUCCAGUUUCAUGCCCUGGAUAAAGAACACUCUGAGAAAGAUGUAA